GAUGUACUCUCAAUCCACAAGUACGCUACUCCCGCGAACAAAAGAUAAAUUCUACAUUUUCUAGGUUUCAAUUUUCUAUCUAUUACUUCCUUAAUAAAGGAAAUCGAGGUGAAAAUAUAGAGUUCAAAAAAUUGAAGUAUUCUUUUUCAAGGUUGAGUGUUGUUUACUGUAUUCUGUUUUGAUUUUCAUUGAGGGAAAAUUAAGUAUAAGAACAAUGGCGGUGAGUCGGAGGGAGAAGAACAGUCAAUCAACGGUACGAGGAUCUCGGAUCGCCAUAGCAAUUGGGAUCGGAGUUGUUGCCGGAUGCAUUUUCGCCUUCUUCUUCCCCAACGGAUUCCUCUCCUCUAAUCCGCCUCGCCGUCUUUCCAAAUCCAGUCUCCAGGAAGAUUUGUCCUUGUGUGAAUCUCCGGAAAAAAUAAACAUGUUGAAAACGGACAUCAUGAGAGUGUCGGAAAAGAACGCGGAGCUGAAAAAGCAAGUAAGAGAGCUGAAUGAUAAGUUACGGUUAGCCGAGCUGGGAAAAGAUCAUGCGCGGGAGCAGUUUAUGGUGUUGAGUGAACCACAUAAAGCCGGACCUUUUGGUACAGUUAAGGGUUUAAGAACCAAUCCAACCGUCCUUCCUGAUGAAAGCGUGAACCCCAGACUUGCAAAGAUCUUAGCUGAAGUUGCUGUUGGAAAAGAGCUCAUAGUUGCUCUUGCCAAUUCAAACGUGAAAGGAAUGCUUGAGGUCUGGUUCACCAGCAUUAAGAAAGUUGGUAUUCGGAACUACCUCGUAGUUGCAUUAGAUGAUGCAAUUGUGGAUUUUUGUAAGUCAAAUGAUGUCUCUGUGUACAAGAGGGACCCAGAUGAAGUUGUUGAUUCUCUUGGAAAGAUUGGAGGUAAUCAUGCUGUCUCUGGACUGAAAUUCCGAAUCUUGAGGGAGUUUCUGCAGCUGGGAUACAGUGUUCUCCUUUCGGAUGUUGAUAUCGUGUUCUUGCAGAAUCCAUUUGAUCAUUUGUAUCGAGACUCAGAUGUAGAGUCCAUGACAGAUGGUCAUAACAAUAUGACAGCUUAUGGCUAUAAUGAUGUUUUUGAUGAACCUGCAAUGGGUUGGGCUCGAUAUGCCCACACAAUGAGGAUAUGGGUGUAUAAUUCCGGUUUCUUUUAUAUAAGGCCUACUAUUCCUUCAAUUGAGCUUUUGGAUCGGGUCGCUGACAGGAUGGCUCACCAGGCAAACGUUUGGGACCAAGCAGUUUUCAAUGAAGAGCUCUACUACCCAUCGCAUCCAGGUUAUAUAGGGCUUCAUGCUGCCAAGAGAACUAUGGAUUUCUAUCUCUUCAUGAACAGUAAGGUCCUUUUUAAGACUGUAAGAAAGGAUGCUAAUUUGAAAAAACUCAAGCCAGUUAUUGUUCAUAUAAAUUACCACCCUGACAAACUGUCAAGAAUGCUAGCAGUAAUUGAAUUCUAUGUUAACGGCAAGCAAGAUGCUCUAGAUUCAUUCCCAGAUGGUUCAGCAUAGCAGUGAAAAUGUGAAGAUUGUGUUGAUGGAAGUUUUCAGGGUAAGUUUUUCUUGUUUAUUUUCAUAGUAUAUGGGUAAUCUUGACAGAUUACACCUUUUUGGCAAUGCUUCACUUUGAUGCAACCUUUUAAAUUUCUGCAGUUAUAUAGGUACUUGUCUUGUGCUGUAUAUUCAAACAUUCUCACACAUAUGAUGGCUAUUGUCCUUCCUUGUGUUAGUUUUGGCCUUGUGUUUUACUGUGCAAUUGUUCCACUCUUUCUUCA